GUCACGGCAGCCAGACGUAGCAGACAGCGCGGUUGUGCGCAAAUUGCUGGACGGGCCGCCGCUGAUCUGGUCAAGCUACGGGGGACGUGCGACGAAUUGACUAUCGACCUUUUCCACUCACUGCCACCAAACUCGUCCUUUGGCCUGUGCGAUCGACCUGAGCAUCCGGCAACAUACAUCGUGAGCGGUUCGUUGCCCGCACGAACUUUGUUUUCUGGCCUAUAUCAAUGGCCAUCCCCUUCCGCGGUGUGACCUGAGACAAGAACAGAAAUUGAAAACAACUUCUCCAUAAUAAUGCCCUGCAUUUGCUAGGUCUAGAAGUUUGCGCCGACUGCCUCUUGAGUAAUCUGCCGACUGGGACGAGCCGGACUGUGACUUGCAGGACUUCGAAGUGUGAGGAACCUGACGACCAGUGCAACUGAACAUUUACUGUCCUCACAGCUCCGUGUACAGUCAGUGCGAAAAGAACUCUACUUUGCAGCAAUUUAUUUUUCCCCUUCACAAUCGACAAAAAUGUGAACUGUGACGUGAGAAAAGUUCCCGAAAGAACUUUAGCGAUGAUUUCAAGCACAUCCUAGGAAAAAAAAGAGAAAGAAAACGUAAGUCGGCUUUGAUGGAUAUUUUCAACUGUGAGCGACAAGUGAGUAGAGACUGAGCCGAAACUUUCGUGACACGUCUUUGAAAAAGAACUUGACACCCGCAAUCUAGCACUCGGACGUGAAAUGUGAAGUGUGACGCGAACCAAUCGUAGAAAACUUCUCGCAUCUUGAAACCUUGGCUUGUUUCUUCUUGCGCACCUCAACGAAGUGAACUGUUGUCACCCUAUAAACGACUACGCAUCCUUGAUCGCGCCGUCCCUUAAACACGUCUUUAAAUUACACAAUCCUGCGCUUCAGCACAGCCGGUGUUUCCCUUGAGCUAGACAUCUGUGUUUGUAAUCACUGACGUGGACUACCGAUGAAUUCUCCGCCGUUUCCUUCCGAAAAAAAGCCACAUUUCUAGAACUUUCUCAGCAUCGUUCAAACUAGGUUUUUAAGAUGAUUGAACUUAGAAUUGGAAGCGGUAGGCUGUCGUUGGCUGUAACCAAAAAAGAGCAUCGCAGAGUGUAUGACGUCCACGCGGUCUUUCUUCUUCACUAGGACCUUGCGGACUCGACUGCGCUCCUUUGAGGAAACACCUAAACCGUAUCCAUGAGUGCGGCUAACGUUACGGCGGCGGACUUCAAUGUGACCGCGAGGUCUCCGCUAGAAGUGGCCCGCGACGUGUACCGCCUCGCGGUGCCCGUCAUGCUUGUCGCCUGCCUAAUGUCCAUGGUGUUCAACCUUGUCAUAGUCGAGUCGGUCCACUGGCUGCGACGCAGCCCCAGCCCGACGCUCUGCUUCAGCCUCAGUUUAUCAGCGGCGAACGCCUACGCGUCUCUUGUGGUCGGCGUCGGUCUCGUGGUCAACAGCCUCCUUCCGACCUUGUACCACAUCCAGCCUCCGGCCUGCUGGGCGCUGUCCCUGGAAGCCUUUCGCCUAACAGGCCUCAUCGCGUCCGUGCUUCACCUGUUGGCCCUCGCCGUGAACCAUUACAUCGGUAUCCUGCGGCCUCUUCAUUACGCUGCAACUGUGACUCGACGCACUGUAUGGCUGACGACGGCAGCAAUGUGGCUUGUGCCCCUCUUUUUCUUCCUCUUGUACUUCACAAGCGUACCCGGGCAGGGAUUCCAGGUGGCCGACUGUCGCUAUGACUUCAUGCUCUGGAGCACUUUCCGCGUCAUACUCUCCGGACUUUUCUUCGUGCCACUGGUACUCAUGUGUUUCAUAUAUACACACAUCUUCCUGUUGGUCCGACGCCACCAAAUGGGAGCGGGAAUCUCUGCCCAGAUUCCGGGACAACUGCGCAGGAGUGUCAAGGCCGUCUACACCACACUACUGAUACUCGGCACGUACCUCAUAGGAUGGAUGCCAGCCGUGCUCUUCUACGUACUAACAUGCCUCGAUUGUCCCUUGCCGAUCACGUCGCUGUCUCUUGACGUGCGCCUCACCUUCGGCAUACUGACCAACACACUGGUGCUGAUCAAGUCGUUUGUCGAUCCAGUCAUCUACGUGGUGCGCAUGCGUGAGAUUCAAGAUGCCUUCGUACUCAUGUGGAAGUCCCGCUGCGGCCUGGUGGACGUGGCCCGAUCUUCGGUUGACCUCAUGCGGAUGGCCCACUCCCGCAGUGACACGCAGCGCAUCACGACCAACGGGUCGCAGCACAAGCAACGCAGUAUCGCCCAGUUCAGCUAGCCCGGUCGACCACUAGGCGGACGGUUAUCGAGGCAGCGGCGAGAAACUGCCGCAACGGCUUUGUGAACAUGUUGUGAACCGUACGCCGAAGCAAGCUGCUCCCUCCGACACUGUCGAAGAUCAACUACCUAAAUAUCUACAUCACAAGAGGAAGACCGGACAGUAAAUGCUUGAUAAACAAUGUUAGAGAGAUGCAGUAGGUGAAGGGGCACCUCAUUGGGACGACUACUUGUUGACCCGAUCCCUGGGAACCGUAUUCGCUGCUUUCCAUCAGGUCAGCGUCCUGAAGCAAAAGGGCACUUUUCGUUUCCUUGCUUAUUCAGCGUGUGGAGUUAAUCUUGUAACACCUAUGAUAAACUACAAUACUCCAAAAGGGCGUCCAAGCGUCCUUCAACUUAAAUCCGUUGACGCGUGGUUUAAGUUGACCAGCGCUUGGAAUGACAAUGUUAGCGUUUCUAAUACGCUAAGGUGAAUAUCCGCAUUUGGUUCACUCAGACUCAGUGAAAGUGUUGUGUGGUAGUGCGCGCGCAGCGGUAAGCUUUAAGCGCACCGUCAGCAGAGUUCUGAACAUUAAACUCUGUAGAUGCUUGGGAAACUAAACAUCACAGAUAUCUUGAAGUUACCGCUUUCUAUUUUGCUUGCUUUUGCGUGCAGCUUACAUCAAUAUGAUUGUGCGUGUAGCGAGUGAGAGAUAAAAACGUUUUUGAAAGACAGUGUUAUGCCGGCGUUCUUUUGUUUCUUAAAAGUUCAGGUCCUGCUGAAGGUUCUCAUCUCUCACAUUUCUUUGGCAAACUUAUGUGAUUGUCAAUGUUGAGAAAGAGCGUGCCACUUUUUUCAUCUUGUUCUGACGCAUGCUCCUUUCCUGUAUACAUACAAGAGCCCCGGCUUAAGAUGAUGUAGAGGCAGUGGCCACAGAAUGAAAACCUCAGAAGUGAUGCUCACUUAACCUAAGUGUCUCUCCUCCCAUAAAUAUGAACUAUCAAUGACAGAGUGCUUUGUGCUUUUAAUCUAGUCAUGUUAUCUCUGAUGUCUUCUACUGUGCAGGGCCGAAGCUACAUCAGUACCUUCGGCCCUAUAUUGAAGGCUCCAAGAUUGUGCGAGGAUUUCGCGUGAAACUUGCGCAGUGAGUGUUUCAGGUAAAAGAAGGGAUACAAAUCCGCCAAGAAGAAAGUAAUGCAGUGUUCUGAAAUCAUGGCGACCCUUCCUAGUGCCGACCCUGAAGUGCUGAUUACAAAGUUGUACCCAAUCUAUGUCGUUACCUGAAGUUGUGUUGCGAUUUUAUCAUGUGAAAAGAAAACAAAAAUUAAAUCACUGCUCCUACUGUUUUAAAAUUUGUGUUUGUCCUUUCGUACUCGUACAUGUGACGUAUUUCGGUGUUGCACAUUCGAGAAAUUAAGAAGACAUUCCGGACAGUGAAUUCAAAGAUACACCACCGCUUGGUGUCAAUCAAGUUUGAACAAAACCUGAAAGAGAAAGUUAGUUUGAGCGGUUUGCAGAAGACAUUAUAAGUUGUACCUUGUUGUAAAGCUAUUUUGCAAGAAAUACUUAUGGAGGAUGCGUUGCGGGAUUUAAAGUGAUAUGAGACAUAAAGUGGCCUAACGUAAAUUGCUAGACAAUUCUUGAACGGCGUGUCACUCGAUAUGAGUCUGGAAACCACGUAAAAAUUGAACGUUUCCUUGCAAGUUCUGCCGCCGAUUAUACAAUCAAUGGUCAUACCAUCUCUAGUUUCCCGACAUGAACUUGUUUUAAAUUAGAGCACAAAGACCACUGCUUUCCCUCCAUAAGAUUACGAUUAUAGGCUACGCACGGUCCCGGUACCAUCCGACAGGCUAAGCGAACCGCCACACCACAUUUUACAGAAUGAUUGGUGGACGCACAAUUUUUUAUUAAGGGUACGGAAUCUUGUUUUCGAAUACUGAAUAAAACAUCCGCGUUCCCGUCAUUAUUCUAUUUUUCUUCAGUCAAUCUAUGCGAGGAGAAAUAAUAACAGAACGAAUCGCAUUACGGCAACAUAAUUUCCCAAGCUUUCUAAAGCAGGACAUAUACGGAAGCGGAUAACAACAAAGCCUAGGCACCCGCAACAAACAACUCUUCUAAGCGAACUCUGCGGAAGGUUGUACGGGCUGAUGACUAUAGACAGGCUGUAACGGCAACCACCGUUAACGUUAGGGGGACGACUUCGGCGAAACUGCCGCUGAAUUGCACCGAACCUCGUAGCGCUUCCGCCCACCUAAUUGCACGUUGCAAGAAGAAUGACAGGGAAAACGCUUUCUCUUUCUCUGCUUUGACCCCCAUUUGAAAGUGCGUGUAUAGCCCACACACACGGGGAAGUUACAGAAUGAAUGUAUCGUUAGCGAAACUACACCUUAGCGGUUUCGGACUCACAAAUAAUAGAAAGCUUAGCUACGCGUGAUUGAUCAGAAUCACGUUUUUGCUGACGAAAAUGCCAUUCUAACCAAUCACGCGAGGCAAAGCGAACGGUUCACUUUCCGAACCGUGAUAAGAUCGCGACUUCGGGCAUCUUUGUGUAAGCAGAAGAGAUAUGCAUGCCUGCUGGAAGGUUCGUAGCACUGGUGAAACGCUGCUUUCUAGACUCGAUAUGCUGCUGCCAAUAAUUUCUUGAAUGGCAAGACACUCUCCCAGAAGCAUUCUUGGAUCUGCGUGCGCGAGGCCAACCUUUCAGCGUAAAAGUGCCUAAGUUCGAGUCAUGUCCGUGCAAUUCCGACACGGAGCCACGGACGUCGCUGAAAGAAGCGGCGCAAUCUAGUUUCAAUUACACGAGUCGUUGGCAGCGGUGAACAACUCCUUUGGUCCGUGAAAAGAGGUGGCCUCUGCCAGCAGCCUUACGUCACCCCCCGUGGACAGAAAAGCGUUUGCCGUCUAACGUCUCGAGAAACCAUACAGGGCCCGAACUCACUCAGUCUUGCUGCAGCCGGAAAUUCAGUGUCACUGUCCGGAGGUAACAAAGAAGUGCGUGAUACGACCUGUGGCGAGACAGAUCGGCGAAAUGCUUCACGGGCCCGGAUUUACAAAGGCCGGGCCGUCGCGCUUGCUCUUAAUAAGAGUCGCCGAGCAAGAGUGGCAGCGAGCGUGGUGAUAGCGAAGGCGCUGGCCAAUGCCAAUUCUUGCGAACGGAAAGCCCUGAAUCCGCGGGCAGAAUAACAGGGCAUGGUCGUUUGUUACGAAACACGGUUUACUGUCCCUUCAAGGAAUGCCAGUCCACAAAAACGAAAACGCAAGUCUUGAACAAGGGCGCAGGUCAGGGCGACGUGAGAUAAAUAAUUCUUUCGGGAUCCGUUUCAGAGGUCUUUCGACGUGCAACAUUGCACGUCGGAUAUUGCCCAAACAUCUGCCAACUAAAAAGGAUAAUAACGACGAAGAAAUUAAAGGGUACAUCAGUCGUUACGUCAGAAACAUAGCCAGAUUAGCCAUUCAAUACUCAAUCGCUUUCUCAGCAAGAGCUUUUGCUGGGGAAAAUAGCGUCGGUAGGCGAUCAAGCGAUGGCCCUAUAGGCCCAUAAAACACCAAGGAGUCACUUUACUCCAUUCUAUUUUUCGUGAUGAAGCGCUGUUCGAAAUAAUAGGGUUAUUCUCAUAACAAGUGCGGGUCUGCGUUUGGAUCACUGACGAUGUCCGGAAAGGUACAAUAUUGAAAGAGGUCUGUAAAGCUAAUCCGGUAUGUGUGUUUCUGUUGUUUUUUUUUUUCGUUCUUGCAUUGUGAAAAUGGGACGUGGCCCUAGUUGCCAGUUAGUGCCUGACCAAGAGGGUUUUUCUCGUGGAGUUCGGUGCCGUUGUGGGAAGCUUAGAACGAACAGCGUUCUACUCGCUUGCUGAUGCCGCUUUCUCGUUCCGCGUUUCGACGAGUUGUAGAUGCUAGCGAUGACGUGUUUGUCCUCAGAAACGCGUCGCCUCUAGCAGCGAUUACUCCGGAACGUUUAAAACAAAUGUAGUGAAACAGCUCGAAAAAUACACCCGUCUUUGGAGUCUGCAUCAUGUUAGCUAAUUUUCCUGUCACAGGUUAUAGAGCUAUGAAAACGCUCGUAUACUGUGAUGCCGACUAGGCAGCGCGAAUGGAAGGAAUGCCUUCUUUAUGUCGAUGAUUUUUGUUUUUUUCUUAACGUCAAAUGCUUUUCCUUGUAGGAAAAAUUUUGCCAGAGAAACUGCGGAAACUCUUAGCCACGAAUUAAAACAGUCGAAACGAAUGACUGUGUUGAGUUCGUCAGCCCAUAUUUUCCCAGAAAAGGCUGUCAAUAGAUGUCUUUUAGCCUUCAGUAUCAUCAGUGAGAAUCACCACAUUGUCAGCAUGAACAGUACUGUCAAUAAUCUCAACCAUCAAGUUUAGAACAAAUCAAACAUGCAACUACUUGACCAAGUAUUUGGAUAUCGUCGUAUGCGGUAUCGCGCAAACAGGAAGAAAGGCAUACUGUUAUGCGCUGAACGCCUUAAGCUUUGUCUUCACAAAUUCAAGUUCACAGCGCUCGUAACUACGGCGCUUAAAUAUAAAAAACCUGCGCGAUGCACCGCUGUGAAAUUGUUCCGGUUGCAGGUUGUGCAAUGCAGUAACCAAGUUAAUGACGGAAUAGAGGGAAAUCAAAACCGCCAUGAACACGGGCAGCGUUUGUAUGUAACUGCUACAUUUUUACGAUGUCAUGCCUCCAGACAGAAAAUCACAUGGCAAUUAAAACGAUUUGGUUAUUACCAAGUUAACGAAAAUUGCAAAUAAUAAUAUACAGGCGUAAUGUGUAGCAUUCAUCGGAAGAACCGCUAUCAAUGCAGAAGAGUUAUACACACGAAACAAGCCCUCACUAAAGGCGCACGUUCGUCAAAAGAACCUUAUGAUUGCUGAACGCCUUUCUCUAGCACAUGGCGUGUACGGCGUCUUUCAAAACGCGUUAUCACUGCUUCACCUGCAAGAGACAUGAUAUACAGCAAAUUUCUGUUCAUGCGCACCGUUCACUAGUGAGAUGUGCCACUGCAUUAAAAGGGAGCGGAAGCGCGCGAUUAGAAGAACGCCCUAUCUGAAGCAUUACAACAUAGUCGUGGAGAAUAACGGAAGCUUAAGUGAAUAUGAUAGCAAUUAACAACUGAGACAGCUACCAUAGUUCUUCAUAAGGAAGGCAAAAUAUACCUGUUAACAUGGGUGCAAAGCAAAGAUACACGAUGUGUCUAAAGAUAUUCACCGCCUGACUGGAAUAAGUAUUCCAAAUUGUACAUAGGGAAGGAUUAUGUGCCAGAAUCAACGGGUAAUAAAUCAGCAACUUGCCGUUGGUAGAUGACAUUGCCCUGUUUAGCAAAGCUAAAGAUGACGCGUAGCAAAUGAUUGACGACCUUGAGCGCCAAAGUUUAAAGGGAGGUUCCGAAAACUAGUAUACGCAAACAAAAAUAAGAGAAAAGCACCCAGUAUGUAUUUUACUUAACAAACGAAAAAGAGCCGUGCAAGACAUGGCCGCUUAGCUAACAAGUUCAGCACUGAUACGCGAUGCGAACUACAUGAGCAGCUCUCCUAGUUUUAAAUCGUGCUCAGGGAAGCAGGUAAAGUCUCCGAGUAAACAUCGACAGAUCACACUGCAAUUCGCACUAAAGAAUAGUAGACAGCAACGCUGCUCCUAUUCAUUAUUCGUGCUGUCCUCCAGAGAUAAUGUUCCUCGACAUCAAAGACCUAUAGCCGAGUUCUGUCUUAUAGCGGAUGUCUUCAUUGCGUUAAAGGGUGCACGUCACAUAAGAGCCAGCCACAAAAAAAAAAAAAAAAAAAAAAAAAAAGCAUUUAUGCAUGGAAAGUGUUGCAAUUCCACUAGUGUCACUGAAACUGACAGUGAAAGCGAUCACGCUGUCAGUAGCACCAUGUAACAAGAAGGCAUUCGCAGGCUUUUUUGGAGUAUCAUUCAUAGCAAGUCGGACUCAUGUCACCACAUACGUUUACAUUUUUCAUGUUGCAGAGUGACGAAUGCGCUACGAACACGUCUCGAACCUUCAUUGCCUUCAGGUAAAUCCAUGCAGAAAGGCAUUACUUCGUCUGUUAUCUUUACCCUUGAAACAGGUUUAAAAUGCGGGUACAUUUAUGAGCACCUGCACAGAUAUGGUGGCACGGAUAUGUACGCACAAUCGCCAGCCCAUGCUUGCAGGCCACUGGUGCCACAUGUAGCCUGAAGCUGAGCGCUGCAUACAAUGCACGGCAGUCGUAAACUUUGCGCGCAGACUGUAUAUGUGGGCGUCCUAGCAACGGAACGUAUGUCUCAUUUCCAGGCUGUACAGUGGCGUCAUCAUAAUGAAAUCUUUCGCUGCCGCUGCGGUUUCCACAACUUCGCUCGUGACGGCCCUUACAGCAGUACCCAAAAGUUCACGAGGCGUGUGUUCCGCGAAAAGUCAAAUGUCAAACGCAGUCCGUGCCUCCAGCCAGAGAAACAGUAUAACACGGUUGUCGCAUGAGGUCUUGUAAACCGAAAAUAUGAAUUUUUAGGUGCACACCGAUGCUAAGGGGGAAAAAAAAUUAAAUUUUCGUCCACGUUCCGGCAAUGUUGUGCACAUCGAAUGCUGAGAACCACUAUUUUCCAGGUGCGAACCUACUCCUUAAUUAAUACGAAGCAGUGGAAUAACCUUAGCUAUACAUAGUACCAGCUCAUGUCACACGUACUAGCACCAAGGUAAUAUCACUGAUGUUAUAUGUAUACUGUUACAAUUGGCGCGUAUGCCAUAGUCCCGCACCCUAUCCAAUUUGCGGCAUUUCAGUGUCUGUUUGUGUGUGUGGCCAAUGUCAAUAAAAGAAUUCGUUCACUGUGCGUGGCUUAACGUAGUGCUUGUUAUAUUUUUUUAGGUUUGGUUCCGCAUUACUGUUGCUAACGUUGUCGAGACCUACCACCUCCACUAUACACACUCGUGCUAUCCGUCUGCUCACUGUCACUAAAAUUAAUGUGAAUUAAGUACAGAUAAAUUUUUUAAACACUUUUCUCGCCUUUUACGCCUUCGUACUCUUGAAUGUUUCAUACAUCCACAAUGAAAAAUUCCAACUCUGACCCCAAAGUCGUAGCACUUCUUCUGCGGCAGAUUUUUUUACUUUGCUCCUCGGAGGAGGCAAUUAUAAUAUUAAAAAAAAAUCAAAGUGUGCUAAGCUUUACCCGCACCGCCGCACUGCGACAUACUUCCGGGAAAAUGAAGGUAAACGUGAGGUAAGAACCGCUGUGGAUGACAAUGGCCUCGGUGCCAACCACGCUGAAUAUGCAUAGAGACACGGAAUAUUGCUCUGUACAAGGUGUAUAUUCUAUCCUGUUUUGUUUCGUCACUGUUAGGAAGAAGGUGUGUACGAAAGGAGAGAAAAGCUCUUAUCGUUUACUAUAACCAAAAGAGGCAUUAUUGCAGGGAUAAAUGCAAAAAGCUGUUGCUAAUUAAGGGGAAUUUCAGUAAAAACAAAGCAGUUCAUAAAAACCGGGAAGCCGGGACAAAGAGGCAAUCUUUCUUCAGCGAUACCUUAUUUGCGCAAGCGGUCCUCAGAAAUUACGCAACAUUGACUGCACCUUUACACAAUCCAACUUCUAUAGUAUUCCGUUAUUAUACUAGGGUAGAUCCUUGAAACGUGCAUUUCGAGAGUCAGAGCAGGAAGCGUGUAAACUUUGUUAGCGUCCUGAUUGCUACACCAGCUUCUAGAUAUGUCCGCAAACUCGCGGGGUUGGUGCGAAAGUAUUUUAUGUUUAUGGUACGGUUUUCGCAUAAUUGUUCUGUAGUUCGGAAAUUUUUUCGUUUCAAAUGACACGGGUAGUGUGCAGCAUAGCGAACACUGCUACUGUUUGAUCGCCCUUGUAUGUGUAAAAAUAUUCACCUAUAGCUCCCAUUUAAAAUUUGAGCCACUACGCUUUACUCUGACCACCGUUGCGGUGUUUAAUUACAGCAAUUACACCAUAGCUUACGCACGAACUGUCAGAAGAACGUAUUAUGAGACAAAAUUAUUCUACACUGGUUCAAUCGUUUUUUUGUUUUUUUUGUCUGGCGAGCGACCUUAAUUGGAAAUAAACAUCAUCCUGAACACCCGA